AUGUUACCAAGGAAACGUAGUUAGCAACCUGCUAGUGGAUUGUUCAACCUGUGCAACAUGUCUGGAAGAGUGAAACAAAGCACUAGUAAGUCGGCGGAUAAAAGUGCAAACGACACAAAGGACGAGGCAAAAGACAAUGAUGCUGAAAGAGACAAACUGUAUUGGAAAAAAAUGUCCCAUGAUCAAAUCAACACGCUGUUGGAUUUGACCGUAGAACAGGUGCAGUUACAGUUUGAAGAGAUACUUGAUUUUGGGAACCACCGUACGUGUCUAAAGGAGGCAGCCUUGUUGGACUACUUUGUACAUGGCUUCUGGUGGGCGAAGGAAAUGAACUUCACCUGUCAACAGAUCUCAUGCAUCAUGGCUGUACUGCAACUGUUACUGGACAAUUUAAGCGAAAAGCAGAUACCAUUUGGGGAUAACCUGAAUGAGUUUGCCAAGUUUAUAGCAAGAAUGCGCCAGUCUCCUCCAGAGGUUGACCCCCUGUUUGAUGUUGAGCAGGCCACUUCAAUCGCUGACUACCUCACAUUUAGUCUCUUUCAGAACUACCGACUCUACGAGUUUCUCUUCACUCAACCCAGAGAGGAACUGUUACUUGGAAAGGAGAACCCCCGGUCAAAUGGUUCCUGCUUGACUGUGUUCCAGCGCACCAUAGAGGUGUUGAGAUCGACAGACCUGGUUGCUCCACUGGAAGAGGGUAUGUCUACUGAUGUGUACCUGCGCUACAUGGCCCCGGUUGCCGUUGGGGAGCAUGAAGAGAGGAGCAGGCAGGAGGAAGAGCCAGAGGAAGAUGUAGCAGGUAGGACAGAGAAUCAGGAGAAGGAGCAGGCUGAAUUUGAGGGAUACACUGUAGAGGAUGUCAAACUAGUGAUGGAGGACCUUACCAAAGAGAUGCUGGGAAACCUGCAGGCUGAGUUCACAGAAAAACUGAGAAUCCAGGAGACCUACAGUGCCAGACUAGAACAACUGAAACAUAAUGCCUCCAAGUAGCUGCAGUACAUUAUAGAACAUAUAUGUAGUUACCUAGCUCCAAGUAGCUACAUUAUAGAAGAUAUGCAUACAGUAACCUAGCUCCAAGUAGCUACAGUAUAGAACAUACCCAUCACAGUAACCUAGCUCCAAGUAGCUACAGUAUAGAACAUACCCAUCACAGUAACCUAGCUCCAAGUAGCUACAUUAUAGAAGAUAUGCAUACAGUAACCUAGCUCCAAGUAGCUACAGUAUAGAACAUACCCAUCACAGUAACCUAGCUCCAAGUAGCUACAGUAUAGAACAUACCCAUCACAGUAACCUAGCUCCAAGUAGCUACAGUAUAGAACAUACCCAUCACAGUAACCUAGCUCCAAGUAGCUACAGUAUAGAACAUACCCAUCACAGUAACCUAGCUCCAAGUAGCUACAGUAUGGAACAUACCCAUCACAGUAACCUAGCUCCAAGUAGCUACAGUAUAGAACAUACCCAUCACAGUAACCUAGCUCCAAGUAGCUACAGUAUAGAACAUACACACAACAGUAACCUAGCUCCAAGUAGCUACAUUAUAGAACAUACCCAUCACAGUAACCUAGCUCCAAGUAGCUACAGUAUGGAACAUACCCAUCACAGUAACCUAGCUCCAAGUAGCUACAGUAUGGAACAUACCCAUCACAGUAACCUAGCUCCAAGUAGCUACAUUAUAGAAGAUAUGCAUACGGUAACCUAGCUCCAAGUAGCUACAGUAUGGAACAUACCCAUCACAGUAACCUAGCUCCAAGUAGCUACAUUAUAGAAGAUAUGCAUACAGUAACCUAGCUCCAAGUAGCUACAGUAUAGAACAUACACAUCACGGUAACCUAGCUCCAAGUAGCUACAUUAUAGAACAUACCCAUCACAGUAACCUAGCUCCAAGUAGCUACAGUAUAGAACAUACCCAUCACAGUAACCUAGCUCCAAGUAGCUACAGUAUAGAACAUACCCAUCACAGUAACCUAGCUCCAAGUAGCUACAUUAUAGAACAUACACAUCACAGUAACCUAGCUCCAAGUAGCUACAGUAUAGAACAUACCCAUCACAGUAACCUAGCUCCAAGUAGCUACAGUAUAGAACAUACCCAUCACAGUAACCUAGCUCCAAGUAGCUACAGUAUAGAACAUACCCAUCACAGUAACCUAGCUCCAAGUAGCUACAGUAUGGAACAUACCCAUCACAGUAACCUAGCUCCAAGUAGCUACAGUAUAGAACAUACCCAUCACAGUAACCUAGCUCCAAGUAGCUACAGUAUAGAACAUACACACAACAGUAACCUAGCUCCAAGUAGCUACAGUAUGGAACAUACCCAUCACAGUAACCUAGCUCCAAGUAGCUACAGUAUGGAACAUACCCAUCACAGUAACCUAGCUCCAAGUAGCUACAGUAUGGAACAUACCCAUCACAGUAACCUAGCUCCAAGUAGCUACAUUAUAGAAGAUAUGCAUACGGUAACCUAGCUCCAAGUAGCUACAGUAUGGAACAUACCCAUCACAGUAACCUAGCUCCAAGUAGCUACAUUAUAGAAGAUAUGCAUACAGUAACCUAGCUCCAAGUAGCUACAGUAUAGAACAUACACAUCACGGUAACCUAGCUCCAAGUAGCUACAUUAUAGAACAUACCCAUCACAGUAACCUAGCUCCAAGUAGCUACAUUAUAGAAGAUAUGCAUACAGUAACCUAGCUCCAAGUAGCUACAGUAUAGAACAUACCCAUCACAGUAACCUAGCUCCAAGUAGCUACAUUAUAGAACAUACCCAUCACAGUAACCUAGCUCCAAGUAGCUACAUUAUAGAACAUACCCAUCACAGUAACCUAGCUCCAAGUAGCUACAUUAUAGAACAUACACAUCACGGUAACCUAGCUAUCCACUGUAGACACUCCCUUCUGAUUUCUAUUUGGGGUGUAACGGCUGUCAAUAUUAUUGUGAUGAAUGUCCUGCCCAAAGGGUUUACUAAAUAUACAGAAAAUAAACUGUCCUCAAUUA